AUGGAUAGUGAUGAAGAAACAGUUUUUAAAACACCAAUAAAAAGAAAAAAGAGUACAACAAUUAUUGAUGAAGAAGAUGAUGAUAUUUUAAUAGAUAAAGUUGAUAAUGGUAAUAACAAAGGUGAUGAUGAAGAUAUUAAUUUUAAAACACCUUCACCAAAAAUAAAGUCAAGAUUAAAGAGAAUUAAAUCGUCACCUUCUUCUGACAUUGAUUUCACUCCAUCACCAAAAUCAAACCAAAAAUCCAAAAAUGGCACACCAAAAAGUACAACAUCUUCACCAAAAAUUGCAAAUUCAACAUCACCAUAUAAACCAACAAUAACACCACCAACAACUCCAUCACCAUCAAAAAAGGACCAAAUUAAAAAGAAAAUUAAUAAAUCUCCAAUUUCUGCUACCCAAUCUCCAUCAUCAUCACCAUUAUCACAACCAAAAUCAAAACCAAUUCAAAAUAAUAAUGAUAAUAAUAGUUAUGAUAAUGAAAUUACUAAUGAUAUUGACAAUCCUUGGGAUUUCGGUACAUCAGAUAUAAGAAUGAAUGAUGAUGGAUCAAUGUCAAAUGAUAAUCAAUAUUUUGCAACACCUGAAAAAUAUUCUUCACCAUCAAAACAACAAGACCAAGAUAAAUCUCCAUCACCUCAAAAAAAUGUAAAUAAAAAAAAUGAAAAAGAUUUUAAAAUUAGUAACAAAAAAGUAAUUUUAAGAUCAAUUAAAGAUAAGGACUUACUUUCUUUUAAAGGGGUUUCAAAACUUUAUAAUUCCUUAAAACUUUCUGGUUUCUCCACAAAACAGUCAAAUAAAGCAAAUUUAGAAAAGUUAUUUGGAAUUUACUCUAAAUGGACAAAAGAGCUUAAUCCAUAUGUUACACUAGAAAAUUCAAUUAUUAAUGUUGAGAGGUUGGGUAGAAAUAGAAUUGUUAGAAAUCAUAUUGAUGAUUUAAAGAAUGGUAUAGUGUUUAGUUAUAACGAACCAAAAGAUAAUCAAAACGAUGUUAAUGAUAAUGAUAUUAAAAAUAAUAAUAAUAGUGACGAUUUUGAUUUUGAUAUUGAUAAUGAAAUAUCAAAUCCAAAUAAUAGUAAAGUUGAUUUUGUGCCACCUCAUCAAGCUAAAAAGAAUGAUAACACCCAUUCAAAUUCUUUUGGACAAUUUAAAAAUAAUAAUAUUAGUAAUAUUAAUAAUAAUAAUAAUAAUAAUAAUAAUAAUAAUAAUAAUAAUAAUAAUAAUAUUAAUAAUAAUAAUAAUUUUAAUAAUAAUAAUAAUAAUUUUAAUAAUAAUAAUAUAAAUAAUAAUAUAAAUAAUAAUAUAAAUAUUUUUAAAAAAGUCGCAACUACCUCUAUUUUACCACCUAAAGAUAAUAACGGAGGUAGAGGAGGCGGAAUUAAAUUAUCUCUUCCCAAAAAACCAUCAAAAUAA